AUGGUCGCCUGUAUCUAUCACAAUGCGUCUUCGUACGCCCCAGUCUUUCCAUCUCCUCUCAACCCCACGAACCAUGGACCCGAGAAUAAAUAUGCCACAGCUUCAGGACGUAUUGUGCGCCGAAGAAGAAGUCGACGAGGCCCUCCUGGAUCUCACACUCUCACCCAAAGACUCCUCCGCGUAAAGGCAGCGGAUGCUUGGAGAGGACAUGUUCUGAGCGCUCAGGUUGUUCAGUAUGAAUAUGCUGAAGCUGCUGUCAUGGGAUAUAAAGCACCACCAAAGAGCCGAAACUGCCUGUAUUCAAUGCCCGGUCUCAAGAACCUCGGCCUCAACUUCUCACUCUCGGAUGCCCACCGAAUCGCCAGCAACAUCCGUCUUCCCGAUCUCACAUGUCUCAGGACAAGACGCAUGGUGCUGGCCAUGGGUCUUGUCGGGCUUCUCCCCGCUCUCAAGGUCCGCGAUAUGCUCAGAGCAGCUGAGACAUUAUGA